CACGCCUCUCUCACACCCCACCCCACCCCAUACCCCCAAAUUCUUCAAAAUUUUUGCAGAUCUUGCUGAGUUCAUCACACCAUUGAUUUCUUGGAAUUUCAGUCUGAUUCGAUUGAAUGAUUCGAAGCUCAUUUCAUUCAUGUUUUCAGAAGAUCAGAUAGUAUCUCUUACAUCAUAGGGGGUGACACAUAAUGUACUUGGGAAGACAUUUUCUAGAGAACUUUCGAGCUUUGGAUGGAUUAUCAAGAUUUGCCUUUGUCUCAAGCAACCAUGGAAAGUGAUGAAACAAGCAACACCCCUUCAGAUGAUAUCAGUAGUCUGCAAAGUUCUCGGCCUUUGCAUGGGAGGACGAGUGGUCCUAAGAGACGUUCCAGUCACUGGACUCCCGAAGAGGAUGAAAUCUUGCGCCAAGCUGUCCAACAGUUUAAGGGGAAAAGCUGGAAAAAAAUUGCGGAAUGUUUUAAGGAUCGGUCAGAUGUUCAAUGCUUGCAUAGGUGGCAGAAAGUUCUUGAUCCCGAACUUGUCAAAGGUUCAUGGUCUAAGGAGGAAGAUGAUAAGCUAAUCGGAUUAGUUAACAUACAUGGCCCCAAAAAAUGGUCCACCAUUGCACAAGAGUUAGCAGGACGUAUAGGAAAACAAUGUCGGGAAAGAUGGCACAAUCAUCUGAAUCCUGCUAUUAAAAAAGAAGCUUGGACGCAAGAGGAGGAAUUGACUCUAAUUCGUGCCCACGAAGCUCAUGGAAACAAGUGGGCAGAGUUAUCAAAAUAUUUGCCUGGAAGGACAGACAAUGCAAUUAAAAAUCACUGGCAUAGUUCUGUCAAAAAGAAACGGGACUCAUAUAUAGCAUCAGGUUUACUUGCACAGUUACCCACUUUGUCUAAUGUCAACCAUCAGAACCAAUCAAUCCCUUCUUCUUCUGUGAUGUUGCAUCAAACUAGUGAAGAUGAAAGUGUUCACAAAGAAGGAGCAGAACUGGAGGAAGUUAUGGAAUGUAGUCAAGGUUCAACUCUUGCUGGCUGUCCCCAGUCUACAAGUGACUUGGGCAACACAUUUGUGCAUAAAAGAGAGAACGGGGGGAUGUCCAUGGAAAUAGUACGUGAAAAGGACACAAGCUCUAGCGCAGCACCAUGUCCUACGUACUAUACCCCAGCUUUUGAGGAUGUUGGUUGCUCAAUGCAAGAAGUUCCCAGUGAACUUGUGGAUUCCAACUCCCUUGAGCAGCAUACGUUCUCACAUGACUGGGGCAAUUCCACAGGGAAUGAUUGGCAGUUUAAUAUGGAUGACUUUACGGAGUUUAUUCAGGAAUCUUCGGGACAUUACAUGCAGUGUUUGAAUGGCAAUGAAAACCAUGAUAUGGUAACCAAUCCAUUGCAAAAUGCAAUGGAAUCUGGAGCAACUUCUAAUGCAGGAAACAUAGUUGAGGGUCCAUAUAAUCUCAAUGAAAUGUUUAAUCUCAAUGAAUUGUUCGAUGGUAGCAGGAUCGAAUACCCUGAGGUAGGAAUUCCUCAAUGCUCUCUGCCCGAAACUGGAGUUAAUGGCAGUGGUGAACCUGCAGAUUCUUUAAUUUACCAAUCAUCAAACAAUCAGAUCCCUGAAUCAGGAAAUAUGGCUCCACAAAACUGCAAUGAUUUUGAAGCUUCAACUUAUCAGCAGUUUUCUGUUCCUUCGCACUUUUCGUCUGAGGAUAGAUCACUUGUGUUUGGUAUUGCUUCAGAUCAGUUCAAUUAUCCUCCUCUUGAGAACCCAGUUCAAGAGUCCUUCAGCAGUAGAUGUGAUGGUUUUAUAUGUCCAAGUGAGUUUGGCAGUCCUUCCAACGACAAUGGCAUAGACAAUGCCGUCCUGAAAGAUCAUCCUGAUUACACGAAAGAUUCCUCAAGGUUAGAAGAACAGAAAGAUGAAGGAGCUCUAUGCUAUGAUCCUCCUCGCUUUCCAAGCUUGGAUACACCUUUCUUGUAUUGUGAUCUUAAGCAAUCUGGUUCAGAUACACAGCAAGAGUACAGCCCUCUUGGCAUCCGCCAGUUGAUGACGACUUCUACAGACUGCUCUACUCCAUUAAGGUUGUGGGACUCACCAUUGCGAGCUGACAGUCCAGAUGCUAUAUUGAAAAGUGCUGCCAAAACUUUUACUGGGACUCCUUCUAUAUUAAAGAAGCGACAGCGUCACUUGGUGACACCUUUAUCAGAAAAGAGAUGGGAGAAAAAGCUAGAAAGUGAUCUCAAUAAGGAAUCAUUCUCUAAUAUGGUUACAGAAUUUCCCCGAGUAGAUGACAUGUUUGAUGAGUCGGCAAAUGAAAAAGCGUCUACUGAAGACAAAGAAAAUCUACAUCCAUCCUCAGAAGAUGGAAGAAAGGAGACAGGUGAUGGAGUAACUGGACUUUCAUGCAUUGGAAAUUCAGAGAGACAAUUAGAUGGUGGUGGUGCUAACUACCAUAAAGAGCCCCAUAGUGAAUAUGCUGGAACCAAUGAUGCAAUGGGAAAGGUAAAACAGCCUCCUGGAGUUCUGGUCGAGCUUAGCACAAAUGACAUGCUCUUCUCUCCUGAUCGUUUCUUCACCAAGCAUGAUAGAGCUACAAGUUUAAGUAUUAAAGCUUUAGGUAACCAGUAUGCUAGACGACUUGAAGCUGCAUCAUCAAAUCAAGCUACUGUUUCAUCCUCGUCUAUUGUUUGCUCUCCUGAUGUACUUGGAAAGAGUCAAAGCGGUGCUUUCAUAGCCACAUCAAUGCAAUAUACUACAUCAACUGCAUUGGAGAAUACUACCGAAAAUUCUGAAAAUGUAUUUGGUGCUGAUACUUCAAACAUCUUUGGAGAGACGCCUUUUAAAAUUAGUAUUGAAUCUCCUUCAGCAUGGAAAUCUCCAUGGUUCACGGAUCCUCUUCUGUCUAGCCCAAGAUAUGAAAAAGAACUUACAUAUGAGGAAUUUGCGUUUCUUCUGAGCCCCGGUGAUAGAAGCUAUGAUGCUAUUGGGUUAAUGAAGCAAUUAAGUGAGCAGACUGCACCUUCAAUUGCGGAUGCCCGUCAAAUCUUGGGAAGUGAAACUCCAGAAACAAUCCUGUUGGGAAGGAAUUCCAAGGAACAAAAAGCAGAUGAAAAUCGUACCCUUCUGGCUUCAAAUGCUAUGAGUGAGAGACGCACACUUGAUUUCAGUGAAUGUGGAACACCAGGAAAGGGAAACGAGACGACUACCAAAUUUGGCAGCAACGACAACGUUUCAAGUCCUUCCUCCUACCUGUUGAAAUGUUGCAGAUAGCAAGUACUUUUAGGAUAGAAGACAAGUUUUCUUCCCUUAAAGGUACUUGUUUGUCGAAACAUAUUAGAUUAUAUAUUCAUCCAUUAAGCGUAAUGCUUCAUUCCCCUUUGCUAAAUGCGAAAGCCAAUAUAGUA